AUGCGGCGGCAUCAGCAAGGCCGGCACGCGGUCCCAGAUGCGGCGCAGAAGGUUGGAGCCCCCAAGAGGAAGUUGUCCGCCUCCCCAGCAGCCAAGAAUGCCCCACCUCUGUAUGACCUGCCGCCGGCAGCCACCGUCUUCAACAACGGUCUGGACGUGUCCAUGGAGGAGGUCGGCGUGGACCUGUUCAGUCCAAGCAUCAUGCAUAUGCCAUGGGCUCAAGUGCGCGGGGCGGCGACGCCAGUGCCCAGCCGCGGGAUCAUGGCGCGCGAACCUGGCCGCGGGGCUCGGGGUGCGUGGGGCGACAACGGCGGCACCCGCCCGCUGGACGACGUGCACAGGCCUCACCCAACCGCCUGCAAGCAAAUUCAGAACUCAACUGCAAUCAUGAUUGCAAGGACGGCUGUGGCACGGGAUGACACAAGAGGUGAUGGCACAACCUCCGCUGUGCUUUUUAUUGGGGAGCUAAGCAGUCUGAGUGGUUCACAGAUGAAGAACAUGAGAUUAUUUUACUUCGGGAAUAUAAAAAAUAGUACUGUAUCAUUUCUCGAGCUCGGCUUUAGGAGGUGGAUAUCAGGCAUGAGCAACAUACAGACGCAGGACAUACUUGAAACUUUAGAUCCUGAUGAAGAGCUGUUUGGGAACAGGAUUCUUGUGGAGCUAUAA